AUGCUGGGAAUCACGGGCCUUGGAUUUGAGCAGAAAGCUUCACGUAUGCAAAGCUAUGCUAGGAAAGAGAGAAGAAGAGAAGAGAUGAUCGGAUCGGGCACGAUAAAACGGAGAGAUGUAGACGGUGAUAGUGGUGGUGGUGGUGAGGAUUCAGGGUCCGAACCGGAUAAGAGCCAAGUAACAAAGACAGGCAGUCGACUCCACCGCUGCGACAGAGUUGAAGAUGCCAAGCAAAGAGAAGAAGGUGACGAUGAUGGAUGGAGGGGAGGAAGUCGCGAUGUCGCGGUGAAGAGAUGA